AGUGUCUCGCCGUCUCGCGUGAAAUGUGUCGUUUAUGUUCGUCGCGUGAAGUGUGUCGUAUAUGUUCAUCGUAACGUAUUAAAUCGCGCCAACAUUUAGCGUCUUCUGCAUGCGAAAGAGUAUCUUCGCAGCUAUUUCUCCGUCACAUGUACAGCAGUUUGUGCGUCGUCGCAGUUAUAUCGCGCAUGCGUGAAGGAGUGAGUCUUUCUAACCAUUGCUAGGGAAAUGCGUUGUCAUGUUCGUGUCUGCGCAUUGGAACGAAAAAGUGGUGAAGUUUGGUGACUGAAAAGGAAAACGGCGGAGUCAUUUCAAGCUUCUUACAAAACGGUGCUUGUUUCGAACGGCUGAGACAAUGUCGGCAAGAUACGACAGAGCGAUCACAGUAUUUUCACCGGACGGCCAUCUGCUCCAGGUGGAAUACGCUCAGGAAGCUGUCAAAAAGGGGUCGACAGCGGUCGGUGUACGUGGCGCCGAUGUAGUAGUUUUAGGCGUCGAGAAGAAAUCUGUCGCUAAAUUACAAGAAGAACGUACAGUGCGCAAAAUAUGUCUCUUGGAUGAUCAUGUAAUUAUGGCCUUUGCAGGUUUAACUGCUGAUGCAAGAGUAUUAAUCAAUCGUGCACAAGUUGAAUGUCAGAGCCAUAAGUUGACCGUAGAAGAUCCUGUUACCUUGGAAUAUAUUACGAGGUAUAUCGCAGGCUUAAAACAAAAAUAUACACAGAGUAAUGGCCGUAGACCUUUUGGAAUAUCUUGUUUGCUAACUGGAUUUGAUUAUGAUGGUGUACCACAUCUCUAUCAAACAGAGCCAUCAGGGAUAUAUUAUGAGUGGAAGGCAAACGCUACAGGACGCAGCGCCAAGACUGUACAUGAAUUCUUGGAAAAAUAUUAUACUACAGAGGAAGUGUCGACAGAAAGAGGUUGUAUAAAACUGGCGAUUAGGGCAUUGCUUGAAGUAGUUCAAUCUGGACAAAAAAAUUUGGAAAUAGCGGUAAUGCGACGCGGACAGCCACUACAGAUGUUGGAUACGGACACCAUAGGUGAAUAUGUAACAGAAAUCGAAAAAGAGAAAGAAGCAGAAGCAGAAAAGAAAAAGCAGAAAAAGUGAUGCUUUUGCCCAUUUUGCACUUCUAUUGUAUCAUUAAUUUUUCUUAUAAAAUAAACAUACUGGAAAUAGGAAAAAA